UUUUCUUGAUAAGAGAAGAGUUCAAAGUUAAAAGAUGUUCGGCGGGGAAGAUGAAGACGGAGAUUUUCUGUCCCCCACAGGAGGAGCCAAGCUGGCUUCCCUUUUUGGACUAGACCAGAAAUCCAGUCAAGGAAAUGAGUCCUUCCAGUACACAGCCCCCAAACAGCCCAGGAAGACCACCGCUCAGGCAGCAGAGAGCCAGAAGCAGCCUGCAGGACCUGCAGUCCUACUGGCCUCAGCAGUUCAGGCAUUUAAAUAUAUUAAUGGACAAUACAUGAAGCAGGGCAAGCUGGGGGCAGCYGUGCUGGGCAACCACGCUACUAAAGAGUACAAGCUUCUGCUGUAUUUGAGCCAACAGAAACAAGUGACUGCUGCCAGGAUUCACGUGGGCUUUAUUUUUACGGUACAGCUAAACAACUACUGCACUUUUUAUGAUGACCAGAGGCAGAACUGGGURUGUCUGGCCAAAGCAAACAGUUCAUCCUCUCUGGAGUCUGUGGUGACUCAGGAUGUGAUUCUUGGUGAGGGUCAAGAUGUGGAGACUGGAGACUCCAUGGAGGUGGUGUACACGGGCUGGCUGCUGCAGAACCACGCCAUCGGACAGAUGUUUGAUUCCAACCAGAACAAAGACAAGCUGCUGCGACUAAAACUUGGAGCUGGGAAAGUAAUCAAGGGAUGGGAGGAAGGAAUGCUGGGGAUGAAGAAAGCCAGCCGUCGUCUCAUCAUCAUCCCACCCAGCCUGGCKUAUGGAGCCAAGGGCGUUCCCAACCGAGUUCCAGCUAACAGCACGCUAAUCUUUGAAGUGGAGCUGCGGCGGGUGAAGUUUUCCAAAGAUGGUGGUUCUGACCUGGCCAGCGCCAGCUCCAGAGAAUCUGCUGCUCCGUCUCCAGCCCCCAGUGUAGAAAGUCUGACCUCAGAACCUUCAUCAGCUUCGGGGAAACCAGGAGAGCCGCCACUGAGAGCCAAGUCCAACUCUCUGACCGAGCAGCUGGGGCAGAACYCAGACGCCACUAAAGCCAAGCUGAUUUCCCGCAUGGCAAAGAUGGGGCAGCCCAUGCUGCCCUUUCUGACCGGAGCUGCAGGCCAGCCUGAAUCUAGUGACUCUGAGCUGGAGGAUACCAGCAUCAGCAGAGUGAAGGAUGGUCCUGCAGCUCCGCCUGCGGGGCCCAUCAUGGCUGCCGCUCCAGUUCCUGCCCACGCCCAUCCUCUUCCUCACACAGCUCCGUCAUCUGCCUUGCUUCCCGUCAUUCCUUCAGUCAACCUGUAUCCUGGGCUGCCAGCUAGCAGCCAUGCUUUCCAGACGUCUGCAGCUCCGACUCAGAUGCAGGCCGUUGGCCAGGUCUACGCGCCUCAAACUGUCCCAUACAUGGGUUCUGGGGAGUUGAAUAACUUCCUGAUGACGGAGGCUCGGCAGCACAACACGGAGAUCAGGUUAUCCAUAGGAAAAGUAGCAGAUAAGGUGGAUCAACUAGCCUCCAAGAUUAGUGAUCUUGAAAAGCAGGGAACUCAGACUGUUGGUGUUUCUGGUAUGACGAUGGAAACCUCAAUGAUUGUGCACAAUAUCAGCCGGAUUGUUCAGGAAAAUGAAUCUUUGAAAAAGGAAAUGUUUGAGAAGAGCUCUCGUAUUGAGGAGCAGAACCGUAAGAUUGGGGAUCUCAUCAACCAGAACCAGAAAUACAUGGAGCAGAGCCACCAGCUGCUGGAGCAGAGGAACGACUCCCUCAAGUCCUCCAGUGAACAUAACCAGGCCCGGCUGCUGCAGGCCGAGCAGGACAAGCAGCGUGCUCGGCCACUGGACCGUGGCUCCGGCCAGGUCCGUCUGACAGAGGAGCUGGCUUCCUCCACAGCUCGGGUCUCCCAGCUGCAGCUGGAAGCUUCGGCUCACCAGGGGAAAGCUUCAAAGCUGCAGGGUGAACUCAGCUCAGCGCUGGAGGACAGAGAGAGCCGCUGCCAGCGCAUCGCUGCCCUGGAAGCCCAGCUGGAAGAACUGAAGGACRCGUCAGAGCGGGUUCAGAACCAGUACCGCUUAGAGAAGCAACAACGCAAAGAGAUGGAGCUGAGAGUCGGCGCUGUGGAAGAGGAAUUACAGGACCUGAAGUCUGAUAAAGAGAACCUAGGAAGAGCUCUAGCUGAGAGGAAGAAGAAGUGGCAGAACGUAACGCUGCAGCUGCUCAGUGGCGCGGAUCGCUCCUCUCUGAAACUGGAUAACAAGGAAGAGGACGAUAAAGGCGGUGAAGGGGAGGAUGGGAAGCAACUGGAGCACAGCUCUCAUGUCCAUGUGAACGGGGAACAGGAAGUGAAAGAGGAAGAGACUGUAGAGGAGGAACAUGUGGUCAAUGCAGAUCAUCACCAAGACAACGAGGCSCAGAUGGUUCAMAAGGUGAAACCRGAGCCGGUAUCUACAUCUGAGAUGUCCAGCCAGGUGGMGGACUCRGAGACUCCGGACACUCUGGACCUCCAUCUAGCUUCCGGUGCUGAGCCUGCAUCCCAGCAUCAAGAACCAGAACCUGCAGUCCAGCAGCACCAGGAGCAGCUGGCUGCCUCUGAGUCAUGUACUAAAGAAUCAGAGGUGAACCAGUGUGUGGGUGCUGAUACUAGACCUGGUGAGAGCCCUCUACCUGAGGAAGAGGAGGAGGCUGCAAGGAGCAGUGAGGUGGAAGACGAAGAUCMGGUCAGAGAAACACCUGCUGCUCCUCCGAAAGCAUUUGGACCCCCAACUAACCCACCUCCACCUCCAACUGUUGAACAGAACAGCUCUGCAGACGACAGAAGUCUGACUGCAGGAUCAGGACAAGAAAAUGGAGAGGAAUCCUUUUUCCAGACCACGCCUCCUGCCAAACCCCCUGCUUCUGCAAACGAAGAGGAAGAGGAGGAUGACAUGAGCUUAAAGGGCUGUCCGCCGCCGGCGCCUCUGUUCGGUGAGGAUGAUGAAGAUGAUGAUCUGGACUGGUUGAGCUGACUUCACAGUCCUGUCCUCGUUCCCAAAGCCAGAAUCAGCCGUGAUUGUAGAUGUGAUGAGACRCUGUACCAAUGGACUGAGCGUCUCCGUGGUUCAGCUGCUGCCUCAGAAGMMCUGGUUCUGGUCCACAAAACACUUCAGAAAACAAUCAGAUCCCUUUAUUUAAUUCUUACAGAAAUUGUUGUGUAUCUUCUUUUUUUACAUAGCACUGAGMRRAUCGGAAUAGUUUUUUAAUCAGCAUCAAUGACCUUCCCAGGGUUUUAAACAACGGUGACAAUACAGUUUUUAAGAACAGAACUUUUACAGUUUUACUAACAGCGGUUUCACGUCAGAAAUAUUCGCCCCGACCUUGGAUUGUUUUUGAAUGUUAAWCUUUUCCUUGUGACCUUUUUCAUAAUGGAGACUUCAGGAAUUUAACUACUGGAUGUCACCCUUCUGAUUGUUUGGUAAGCCCGUCUUUCCAAAAUGUCAUUAAAUGAUUCCUACAAUACAA